AUGGAGAGCCCCGGUUCCGGUGAGAAGCCCCGCAAGGCGGCGGAGUGUCUGAGCGAGCUGAACCGGAUCAUCGCGGCGCAGCACGCGCUCCUGGAGCGGCAGAAAGCGCGCAUCGCCGAGCUCGAGCUGCAGGUCGCCCAACUGCGCAGCCGCAACGCGCGCGUGCACGAGGAGUACGAGAGGCACCUGCGCACGUGCACCCUGCAGCAUCAGCACCAUCAGCACAACAACAACAGCAUCAGCAGCUUCUCUGCUCUAACAGCCAUCCAGGAGAAACCUGAAUAUGGUGGAUCGACGCGGACGGUCAGGAGACACGCCUCACUUCCUGUGGAAACCUCCAGCAGCACCAUAUCACCAUUAUGCAGGAGAACUUUUCCCUGUCGCCAGUGGAAAUCCACUUCCUUCAGGUCUGUAGAUACUUUGCACCAGUAUUGCUGUCCGGCUCCGUUGUACAAUAAGCAGCUAGCCGUGCCUGCGCCUCUCAAAGAGUGCAGGGAAGAUAACGAUCUUCAUCGGUUCUGUUGUCCGUCCUCUGGGAGCAGCAGUCCGUCCAGAUAACGGAGAGAAAAGCAGAACCUCGGGCCAGCCCACAACUCCUCCGUCUUCCUCUUAAAAUCGUCCAUAAAGCACUCGUUUGAUCCUCCAUGUGCAUGUGGAACUGUUCCAGCCUGCGUACGUCCUGAAUGUGGAUCGUCUGAACAUUGCCGCAUCUCGGAGAAUCAGGAGUUUUGGGAAUUUUCCCUGGAAUGUGCAUCCUGUUUCCUUAUUUUUCCAUUUUAGAAAGCAAGGAAAUGUGAAAGGAGUUGAUGAAUGAAGUGCUGCAUGUUUUAAGAAUUAUUAACACCGUACACACAGGUGCUGUAAAGUUUACUAAAUUUUUAUAGGGAUUCGAAAAAAUAACUUAUUCUCUUGUGCAAAAAUAUAAAUUGUUUUUGUUUACUGGUGAAUCAUUCAUACACUCUCCGGCCACUUUAAAGGAUAUGGGACAUGAAACAUAAAUGCACGCUAUAUCAGUUUCUUUCCAUUAAAAAUAUGAAUUAAUUGCAUCAACAAAUACAAAAUCAUCUAUUAAAUUCAGCAAAAUCGUUAUAUUCGUGAUGAUUAUAUGGCAUUUCUGCUCGACUUCCGAUAUGCAUUUUUUGCAACCGGAAGAGCCGCUGUCACGUGAUCAUACGUAACAAAAACUUUCGGGCACAGCACAAGCGGGUAGAUGAAUGGAGAAGUGGAUGACAAGAAAAUUGUUUUUAUAGUCUUUAACGUACAUUGGACAUCAUGGUGUAUUGUGCUGCUUAUGGUUGCAAUAAUUCCAAUGGGAAAUGCCCUGGAGUAAGUUUUUUUGCAUUCCCCAAGGACCCGAAGCUGAGGAAAGUGUGGGCUCACCUGCGCAUGCGCAGUAGGCUUCGCGCAUGCGCAGUAGGCUUGGUAGGACAACUUUACAGAACACCUGUUGAAAAAAACUUUGCACCUACUGUUUCCCACAAACUGUAUUCGGACCAUUUCACUGAGGAUUCUUUCAACAUUAAUACUCAGGUACUGAGCGAUAUUAAUUCAUGAAACAGGAAGCAUAAGGAUGAGAAAAAAAACAGUUCAAAUCGGGAAGCCGCGCACACCUGCGCCAGGCUGCACAAAUGCGCGCAGCUUCCCGACCCAAACCGCCUCUCUCUCAUCCUUACACUUCAUGCCUCAUGCUCCAUGAACCAACAUCGCUAUUUUUUUUUUAAAUCGGAUCUGCGCGAUUCAGCCGUGAAAAAGGCGGCAUCCGCCGAAAGGCGCGCUGUUUGCAUCCCUGCACGGAGGCCAGGGGACAGGGCAGGAAUAUUUGUUGAUACGAGUGAUCCGGUGCGAUUUCGCAACCCCCCCGUUGAAGACCUCUGCGCUAAGCGACUGAAAGCCGAGGUAAGGAUUAGUAUUAUAAUUUUGGGUGUAUCAAUUAUUGAUUAUCAUAAUUCUGACUCGUUUCGCCAUUUUGAAUGUUUUCAUCUCGGACUCUGGAAGCAUUGUAUCUCAAUCAAUCUCGAAAAAUAUCAGCAAAAAAAAACUAGCUUGCAACGGACUUUAGCUAGAUCUAUGAUGAACUUUCAAUGUAUGAUACAAAAAUAAUACUUCUUUCAACAGAUCAUUAGCCUUUGAGCAGAAUUGUUUUUAACUUACCAGGAAGUGUUAUCGAGCCGACCGCUUUCAGUUUCAUGAGGGCUGAAUGAACUCUCACUCUCAGAAUCAUCUGACCCGUCAGAGUAAAGACAAGAUCCAUGUUCAUGUGAAUUUCCAGCUAUCGGUUCGAAUUGAUAGGGUCUAACUUCACAUCUCUGUGAAACAUCGGGAAUGUCACUGUCGAUGGUGUCCAUUUCGGUAACCUGUUUACAUUAGAUUCCCAAGCGCUGGCUCCUUGGAAAGUUUUUGUGACGUCACGGGUCACGUGACCACCUAGCUAAUUAACGAAUCCUUGUUUUACGCUGAUGUAUAAAAAAAGUUGAAUAAUGUGAUGAUUUUCACAUUUUUGACGCCCUGCAGUGAUUUAGAUGGCAUUUCUUAUGUCCUUUAUACAUAAUUAUGCCCAGAAAAAAAUCCAUGUCCCAUAUCCUUUAAUAGGAACAUGGUGUUGGUUCUAAGUUCCCUGUUCUUGGCUGCAGGAGUGGAACCCAAUGUGUUCUUCUGUUCUGCUGUUGCAUGCUGAGAUGCUUUUCUGCUCACCACGGUUGUAAAGAGUGAUGAUAUGAGUUACUAUAUCCUUCCUGUCCAUUUCCCUCUGACCCUCUCUUAUCAACAAGGCGUUUGUUUCCACCCACAGAACUGUCGCUCACUCACUCAGUGUUUUUUGUUUUCUGCACCAUUCUGUGUAAACUCUAGAGACUGUUGGGUGUGAAAACCCCAGGAGGAGAUCAGCAGCUUCUGAAAUACUCAAACCUCAUACUCAUCUGGCUCAAACCACCAACACCACAUUGAGAUCACAGUUUUCCCCAUUCUGAUGUUUGAACAUUAACUGAAGCUCUUGAUUUGUAUCUGCGUGAUUUGAUACACCAGAGGAUCGGCUGAUUAGAGAACUGCAGAAAACAGCAGGGGGGAUGUAGGGGUGUUCCUAUUAAAGUGGCCGGUGGGUGUAGAAUUGUCAGUGGUGCACAAACCCCACUUGUUUGACAACAAGCAUGAAAUAACACACUAAUUCUUCCUGAGAUUUUGCCAACAAAAUAAUUUCGUAUUUAACAAUAAUUAAGGAAGGAUAUAAAAUCAUCACUCAAGAAAAAUAUUUAAAUGUCAAAUCUGUGACUUCGCAGUGUGAGUAAUAAUGUAAAUGAAAACUGCUGCACUUAUAAAUCUUUAAUUUAUUCAUAAUGAUGCCGUUUCAUUGCCUCGCCCAGCACUAAUGAGUAUUUAAGAGCAGCAGGAGUCACACUGGGGGGCCACAGAAACGAAACCCGGAGCUGAAGGUGAUGUGAAGGUGUUUAUGGAGCUCCUCAGCUCUAAUGUUCCCCUGGCAUGUUCUUCUGAACUGGAAUCGAAUGCAAAUAAAAUAUUUUAUUUUUUA